AUGCCCUCGACAACCGGCCUGCACCGCCGCGGCGCGAGGCCACCAGCACCACCCUCGCCGUCGCCGCCGACAUCCUCCCCGUCGGCCCAGACGACGAGGGACUGGGCGGCGCUGCCCCUCGACGUCCUGCUCGACGUCUUCCUCAGGCUGGGGUCCCGCGGGGUCAUGCGCGGCGCGGAGCUCGCUUGCACGCCGUGGCGUGACGUCGCGGUCGGCGAGCCCGCGCUGUGGCACCGGGUGGACAUGGCCACCGUCAGGCUGUGGUCGCCCGGCUGGCGUGCGAUGGUGCGCGCCGCCGUGGACCGUGGCGCCGGCCAGUGCGUCGCCUUCGCCGGACCGGCCGACGACGUCUCGCUGCUCUAUCUAGUCGACAGUUGCCCUUUGCUGGAAUCUCUGCACAUCACUGGUUCUCUCAUCGGCAGUGAGAUGGAUGAGGAGGUCAGGGGAAAAUGCGCUAGAGUGAGGAACCUGACUCUUCCUGAUUAUGACCCCCCAGGUGAAGCUUAUGAUCACGAUGACUACUCUGACUGGUACUGGUAUGGUAUGUAA